GUGCCCGCGACAUGCGUUGACGUCUCCCGCCACCCGACAACCACCGCCGUAUACAUGGACAACUCCUGCCUCCUCGACCUCCUCAUCAGGUGCUUCGCGAUGACCGAGCCCGAGGACCUCAACUUCACCGCGUUCACCGACCUCUGCCGGCUCUGCUCGCUCAAGAGCGGGCCUCGCCUCCACAUAUUCGACAAGGAGUCCGAGCAGAGGCAGAUACUGUUCAAACUUCGGACUUGUUUGCCCACUAUGCAGAUAUCGAAGGACGACUUUCUGCCGAAGAAGAUCUGCGAAAGAUGUGUGACCAGGCUCGAACAACUGUACGAAUGGCGUCAAAGCUGCCUCAACACGGACUCCGUGCUGAGGAACUACGCUGAGUCUAUGAGGAUCGUAACGUCUACUAUCAACUUUCAGGAUGGAACGGUCAACAUGGAUAAGAUGACGGAAGCUCAAAAAACAGCGUAUCUGGAGGCACACGUGGCUGUACAACAACAUAUGGCUCAAGCUGCUGCUGCUGCCAGGCGUGAACAACAACAGCAGCAGCAGCAGCAACAACAGCAACAACAGCAACAACAGCAACAGCAGCAACAACAACAGCAGCAGCAACAACAACAGCAGCAGCAGCAACAACAACAGCAGCAACAGCAGCAACAACAACAGCAACAACAGCAGCAGCAACAACAGCAGCAACAACAGCAACAACAGCAGCAACAGCAGCAACAACAGCAGCAACAACAACAACAUCAUCAACAGCAACAACAGCAAACUAAUAAUACCAAUAACACCUCUCGACAUCAUCAGGAAAUGCAACAGGCUCAAACCAAUACUCACCCCGGGCAUCCAUCCCCGCCCACUGUCAGCUCCACACAACACCACUACGCAACUAUCAACAGUUCUCCAAUAAAGGUGCCUCAAGUAAGCUCGAGUACUGGUGGGCCUGACUCUACCUUCACUGUACCAGAUGACGUAGGAAUGGGCUUCGAAGGUGGAGUACGCGUUCUGCAAAGUCUUGGUAACUGGUCACCUGAAGUAACAAACAAUAUACCGAGACCAAACCUAAUACCAUUUACGGAACCGUAUGCGGAAGGUGGAUCCAUGCACCCAGGGACGCGUCUAAAAGCUCUUCAAGGCACCGCUAUAAGGAAACAUCCUGCAAUCAAACCCACCAGUUCUACCAAUGAAGGUAACAAAGCAUUUGAAUGUACGGUAUGCGGGAAAGGACUGGCACGUAAAGAUAAAUUAACGAUACACAUGAGAAUACACACAGGUGAAAAGCCAUACGUUUGCGAAGUUUGUAAUAAGGCAUUUGCGAGAAGAGACAAAUUAGUGCUGCACAUGAACAAAUUAAAACACAUAACGCCGUCAAACAUUGCUCCUCUUGGUAAACGGACUAUUACUAUACCUCCGCUGAAACUAGACGACGUAAAGCCGCAGUUAACAAAACAAGAAGACACAAAACCGAGUCAAGCAGAAAUAGCGGCAGUCGCACAGCAGCAGCAACAACAGCAACAACAGCAGCAACAGCAACAACAGCAGCAUUCCCAUCAGCAGGCAAUCCAAGUCUGCCAGGUACCAGGACACAACUUUACGAACACAAACCUGGUCCACACAAGUGCAACGAGCGCAGCAGUGGCGGCUGCGACUGCUGGUAUGGUGGUGUCCUGGUCGUGCGAACUGUGUGGGAGACUGUUUGCCACCAGGGACGAGUGGAGUGCGCAUGCCAAGUCCCACUUGCCAGACAACAAACUGCUGCAAGACAAGAUGCAGCAAGCCACGCAACAUCAGCCAAUACGAAAUUCCCAGCAGGAUAAAGUCCACCUCACAAACCAGGAGAAGCUGCAACUUCUACACCACCACAAUCAGAACCAGCAGAUACUGAAUGGCCACGGUAUCGCCACAGCAUCUGUUUCCACCGCAACUGUCGUCAACGAAGGUGCAGGUGGCGGCGCGUACUUCACACACGGGCACACGCACUACGCACCCGAAAGACAGCACACCCACGCACACCAUCUAUGCCUCAUGUGCCGCCAAGAGUUCGCCGGUAAAGCAGAGUUCAUGUUCCACGUCCGUGGACAUUUUGAAGGUAAAGUGAGUGAUAUAGCGGCCGCUGACGUGUUAGCACGUUCGCUUGUGGAUAAUUCCGGACUGUGCACCUGA